AUGAAGUACAUUCCUAAUUCCUGCUGGGCGCUAAUAUUCUCCUUAUGUUUUUCAUAUACCAACUCAAAUCUCCUCGAAAGGCGAAUGGAGAUUCUUGAAGUUGCUGCGCGAGGGGCGACGAAGGGAGCCAGCAAAGCCCACCCAAGUCCUAGCGAAGAUGCCCUUGGCGUCCUUCAGGGACAGUCUGAUUUAACUCACUCUUCUUCUUCGACAAUUGCAGAUUUGAGUGAAGGUCCAUCUGAUUUGCAACGCACUGACGGGAAGCGCUUUAACCUCGAUGAAGUCUCCAAUAGAAUCGGUCUUCAUCAUGAAGGGGCGGAGGGUGGCCCUAGUAAACAACUUCCCGAUAAAAGACCUCAACGUAGUCUCGCGUUUAAAAAAACAGAUUCUUCCAUCUCAGCCGGUGAACUUGAUAACCUUGCAAAAGAAAAAGGCCUGGCUACGAAAGCUGAGACCCCAAAUAAUCCUGCACCCUCGGCCACUCAGCCUGAAAGUCCAAAAAGUCCCCCAAGCCAUCCAGCCCCGGCCAAUCAACCUUCAAGCCAGAAUCCCCCAAUCCAUCAAGACUUCACCAAUAAGCCUUCAGCUCAGAAUCCCCCCAUCGAUCAAGACUUCACCAAUAAGCCUUCAGGUCAGAAUCCCGCACUCCAUCAAGACAUUGCCAAUCGAAAUCCGAUUCCGAAGGAAUCCCUAAGUCGCCAAACCUCAGUCAAUCAAGCCGAAAGCUCAAGCAAUGUUCUAAGCCAUCAAUCCUUGAUCCAUCAAGCCGAAAGUUCAAAGAAUGCCGCAAGCCAUCCUAUGCCGCAGAGCCUAGCUGCCUAUAAAAAGGAGGAUGGGGUGCAGAGGUGGGAGUCAUUCUCCGAUAGGUUCUCAUUUGAGCCAGAGCCAGCUAUAUACGAACGCAUUUACCUGGAUGUCACACACCAAAAGGUACCGACUCCAAUCAACCCCGUAGACCUAGCCGAAUCAGCCGAGGAGAUUCAGAGUGCUGGAGAUAUCUUGGUAAACCUAUCAGGAGAGGAGAGAUUAAGACAAACUGUUGAUAUAGACUUUGUGGUUCGAGAAUUUCGAAACGAAUGGAUCAAAAAACUCCACCCCGAGGCUCGGCACGAUCAAGAAGCAUUACAACAAAUCGAUCGAGUUGGCGAAAAAUUGAAACAGAUUCUCAUAGUCUCUAAAAAACAAGUGAAAACUGCACGAGAGAUCAAAGAAAUCCUGAGUCCAUGGAAGAGUUUUGAAAGUGAGCUAGGUGUAGCUUUGCACGAUUCCAUGCGAGUAUUCAUGAAGGAAGAGACAGAUAAGGUGGUAAUGUCCCGGCUUGUCGAUAGGUUCAACACCUGGAAUCCAACAACGGUCGAACCGGUCGCUAAAUCCGUAGCAGACAAUCUAAUCAAGAAUAUCGAUUACAAGGAACUACAACGACUAUAUCGAGUGGCCUUUCCAACACGUGUAAAAGUUUCUUAUGGCUUGAAAACCUUGGAUCCUCGAACAAAAGACUACAGAAAAUACCUGGUGACAAAAUUCUGUGAAGCCCCCCAAUUCUCAGAUGAGGAAUUUCGAUUUAUCUUUGAAAGGAUUUCAAGCCGCAAUUUCGCCGCUUUGGAUCGCAAACCUGACCUAGAGUUGAUGGAUUUGACUCCUGAGACAAUUGCUACAAGUAUUCAAGUUACACCUGACGAAAUUAUGCAUCUCAAAUUCCAAUUUGCGAUGACGAGGCCGCUCGAAGAAACUGCAACACAGAGCGCAAAAGUCAAGCUAAACAGUGAAUUUGGGCGUAUCACUAGUAACAAUGCAUUGAUGCGGAAGGCCUACUCAGAAAAAUUGAGAGAAAUAAUGUACCGCACAUCUGCAAAGGUUGAAACGGAGUUCUUCCAGCGAAAUUUCGGCAUCCAAUCAUCCUCUCACGGCAUUUAUUACGAAAUGAAAAGUUUGAGCAACAUGUGGAAUGUAGAUCUUGGUGCUUUUGAAAGAACCUUCAAGAGCCAACUACCCCCUGAAGAAUACAAAGAGCUGUUCGAAGCUGCAACCCGUUCGAGGGUGUUUUACGAAGAAGUACUCGAGUCUAUCAAGGAAAGCCGGCAAAUUGAUAAAUUUCAGCAUACUGAGCACGAGAUAUUCGAGUUAGGACAUCAUGCAACUUAUCAAGACGCGGUACAUGCCUUUGUAGUGAAACUACGCGCCAGGGGGAUAAUCUCAGAUGAAUUUUCUGACCAGCUAUUAUUUGGAAUAGCUCGCCCUGAUCUUGUGCGCUUGAGGCUAACACAAAGAAUGGAAAUCGGGUUAUUUGAUAAACUAGAGGCUGGCUUGGUCCCACAAGCAGACCUCUCUCCAGUCACAACCUCAAUCACUAAUUACUUGGAUAAAUUGACAACCAAAGGGCUACUCACAACAGAAGAACGCAAUUACUUGUACCCUCUCGAUGCGCCUAAGGGCUUACCACCACUUCGAUUGAUUCAAGAUUUCUCAACUAAAUUGAAUGAACUAGAUAAGCUGCCCGAAGCUUUCCGAGACAAACUGAUACAAUCUCUUGCAGCUAAGUUUGAUACCAUCCCCAGAGACGGAAGAUUUCAAUCUGAGACAUUAACAAAAAGUACGGAAACCCUGAUUUCUUCUCAUAGCUCUGACAUCGAGAGGCAUCUUGGAAAACUAGAAUAUAAUGAAGCCUUUGCAAGUUUGAAAGCUUUCCAACCCAAAUACGUCGACAACUACGUCAGCGAAUUGAAAGAGGUUUUUGCCAAGGACCUUUGGAAUGAUUAUUUUGCAAGGAAUUACCGUACUUACAAAACGUUCCCGAUUGACAAAGAGCAGGAUCAAAUUGGUGGCCCUGGGAAACGGAAAAUAGCAAAUCCGAGCCAGUUGAUAGAACGUGCCUUAGAUCAUCUGGCAAAGGACAGGCCUAAAAUUGCAGGAAGCGACCAAGCAGACCUUACGAAACCUCGCACGUAUAAACCGCUUCGAAGUGUAAGUGAAGCAGCAGGAGGCAGUAAGGCACCCGAAGGAGGCCAAAGUGGAUCGACAGCAGGAAAAGGCGAAUUGACUCCUGCAACAAGCGAAUUAGCACCAGGUGCACCAGGAACAAGCGAUUUAGAAGUUGCUAAAGACCCGAAGAAAAUCAACAAGGUUACUGAAAGGGAGAAGAAACUCCCGGACGAACGACACUAUGCAUUGUGGGCUAAUCCGCUCAAGCCUGUGAAAGAAAACAGGUCACCGCAGUCAUUGACGUUGGCGGACGAGCGAUUGAAGGAUACACCGUUUAGAUAUUUGAAGAAGGAAAUCGCUGAGCAAUGGAAUACUCAGGCUAGAUUUGUGUUAGUGAAAACGGAUGCCGCUGUGCAAAAGAUUUAUAAGAAGGAUUCUCUCGCCUACACCUUGGAAAAAAGCUUAACAUCGCUUGACCAGUACAAUCAAGUAGUGGGGAAAGUAAUGCGACAGGUUAACGCGAAAUUUAGCACAAGCGACUCCAGAGGCAGAGCCGUAUAUAAACUUACCCCUAAAGCUUCCGAUCUUCGUGUUCAAAACUCAUUUUCAGAUUCCGGCUCAUUUUCUGGGUCCAGUUCAUUUUCAGAGCCCAGGCAAUAGCGGGCAUCUCUUCUCAAAAACCGAGUUUUCCCCUGUGUUAAAAAAGCAAUUGUUGUUCCUUGAUGCCACAUUUGCUUCAAAUUUUCUAUCAUUAAUAUCACUGACGUUG